CACAGUUUUUACUUUUUCGAAUUUUGAAAAUCUUAAUCUCUCUUGAAUAUGUACGGAUGGAUUGUUCUGGGACUGAUGGUUUUGUUUGCUGUGACGGAUAUUUUUGGGAUGAAAGUCUUCAAGCCUGCACAGAGUGCACACCAGGGUUCGUUGGCAUUGGAUGCAGUAUCGCUUGUCCAUUUCCUCUGUUUGGAGCCAAAUGUAUAAAAACAUGUUUUUGUCCUCCAGAAGACUGCAAUGUCUCGAUUGGGUGUCCUAGCACAAAUCAAUAUUCAACCUUUUGGACAACUCGUUUAUUCGAAAAGACAACGAGUAAAAUUGGUACAGAAGAUACGCACAGAACAACAAGUUUAAUAUUGCAAUAUAGUACCUCUUCUACCACUGUAAACCAACGCCUGGGAGAGUCAAACCAAAAUAUUACAAAUAGCCCUAUUUUCUGGGGACUUUUUAUAUGCAAUGGUACAAUAUUGCUUUUGGUGGCCACUUAUAUAUUUUAUCGAUUAAGAAAGACAUGUACAUCGAAAACAAUUCAGUCAAAAAAUGCAGACCUGGUUAGCACAGUACAUAUAAGCUCUGCUAUUUCAAACCGAGAGAGCAGCUACGUGGCCACAGAAGAAAGUAACUUGGUUUCACAUUAUAAUCAAAUCUAUAAUGAAAUCGAAAAAUCAAGCUCAGAGGAGGAAUCCUCGUCAGUUUAUAACCAGACUAUUGAGAUUUUAAGGGAAGAUGAUCCACGAAAGUGUGCUUCAAAAGUCUAUACCAAGCAGGAAACAAAUUUGGAAAGGAACAAUGGAGGUAACAGAGAAAGAAGAGAUAUAAAUGAACUUUAUUUGACUGUCAUUUCUAGCUAG